CAAGGACACAAAUUGAUUUCAGGUGAGGCUGGACAAACAGAUUGUCCUGCGUCGUUUGUGCAUGAGGGGCAGCUUUCAUUGCCGGAAAACAGCGAGGCGAGUGAAGCGGAGGAAAUGCAAUAGGAGCCGAGUGCAUUGAACGCAUCAGCUCAGCUUCGGGACGGAGCCAGUGUAUCUGUCUUUCUGCAGAUGGAUACCGGACCUGUUCCUCCUACUUCCUCGCUGUGGCGGCUGACUGAGAGGAGGAGCAGGAAGGCGGGCUCGGGGAACAUUUUCAGCAGUGUGAAUCUGUGGCAGCUCCAGAGACUGUUCAGGGCGGCUGGGGACCAGGAUGCGGAGCAGAGAGCCCAACUUGUUUGGGGCCAUGGGGAUGAGGCUGAACUCGCUCAGGCCUUGAUAGGACUGAGGGCUCGAAGUCACAGAAGGGGGCUGAGGGCUAACGGGAGGGAUGCACUGGGCUCACACUGGCUACGAGCCUUCAAUCACCUCAGGAUCGGGGAGAGCUCACCACGAAUCCAGGGGAAGGAUCCUGGGGAGGAGAGUGAUUCUGAGGCAGGAGCACACAGCAGCCCAGAGCCACACGGACACACCUCUGUGGGGAAAACAGAAAAAGGUACAGGGGCCACAAUGGGAUUAACUGAGAGCCAGGGCCCCAUAGGGACUUCUGAGAGACUAGUUAGAACCAGCUCAGGACUGAGACGAGGAGGAGAGAACGACCCAGAGAGAUACCUCCACAGAAUACUCCACUGACUUGACCUCUGAGACACAGAACUGACUUUUAGACUCUCCUUCAGAGAGUCUCUUAAAAGUCUGCACAGCCUGCUCGUCUCUCCUGAGAAUUGUUCUGAUGUGUUCAGAAACUGGACGACUACUACUACUACAGUUACACAUAAAAAUGGUACACUGGUGCAGACGCAUCUCCACCUGCAUAAUAAAGGCAGCACAAACACCUGACUGGCUCCCCGUAUCUUAUACAAGAUAUGAGAAGAUGGGGUUCGCCUCUCAAGAACAGCCUUAAGCAUUUCCAUCCAAAUUUAUCUUGCCACUCACAACAAUCAUGUAUGCUGGAAGUUUUGUAAUUUGGUAGUGUAGCUCAAAAAUGUUAGCAAGUUACUAAUUAUGAACCUAUUUAAUAAAUAGCUGGCAACAACUUCAGUCAACCUUUUUAUUAGGCUGGAAGUGCUGAUAUGCAAUGUAUGGCUGCACUUUGGAUGUACUUCUCAACUGUUAUGUCCAUCUGUUGUAAAGCUAUAUUAUGUAGAUGUAUGUGUGUUAGAUGAUAUGCUGUGUAUGUACUGACUUGAAGAUGUUAACAUCUUGAUUUUUUUUUUUUUAUAUUGAAGUGUGACAAGUUUAAGAUUUACCCAACAUGUCCCUGGUUAUGUGUGCGACUGUAUUAAACUAAUAAACAAUAUAGACGGGUAUAAUGAGAUGUAGAAAUACACGACCAAACAUUAACGUUGGUACAAGUUUAGAGCUGUUGACUAAAAUUCAAUCAUUUGUGUUCAACAUGUAACGGUUGCAGCAUGAAAUAAAGCCAGUUGCCGGUUUGUAGUUAUCGACAGUGUCAGGUGGGCACCUCUGCCUAGAGACCAGAAACACUAAAUAAUAUCUGCAGGGCCAAACUCAUGAGAAAAGUCACACUUGAAACGGUAAUGUUCUCAGUUUAAAACAUUCAUGGUAAUGAAUGCUGCUGUGUCACAAACCUCAUUUUGAUACAGGUUGAUGUGUUUGUGUAUGUGUGUCUUUUUUUUUUUUCUUUUUUAAGAUUUAUGGUAAUAAAAGAACAAGUCUUUGUAUUGUU